AUGGUCUCUCCAGCAUUCGAACAAAAGGCUCAGGCCGUCAAACAAUUGUCCUCCACCCCUUCGAACGACGAUUUGCUCAAGCUUUACGGGCUCUUCAAACAGGCCACCGUGGGUGACAACACCACUGCGCGUCCUAGUGCUCUAAACUUCAAGGACAAAUACAAGUGGGACGCAUGGGAGGCUAACAAGGGCAAGAGUCAAGAAGAUGCCGAGAAAGAGUACAUUGCAUUUGUCGAUGAGUUGCAGGCCAAGGACCAGUAA